CUGAGUCCUACCAACCACCAUUCCUACUCCAGAUAUUGACAGAAGAGAGAAAGAGGGGGAGGAAGAUGGCAUGGGGCCCUGCCUGCCAGUCACCCCGAAGAACUGCCUUCCUGCCCGGGGCAUCAGCGUCCUGGAGAAGCUCAUCAAGACGUGCCCGGUGUGGCUGCAGCUGGGCCUGGGCCAGGCGGAGGCGGCCAGGAUCCUGCACCAGGAGGCGGCCGGGACGUUCCUGGUUCGCCGGGAUAGCUGCUUGAAGCACCUGGUGCUCUGCGUCCAUUUCCCUUCCCUGAAUGAGAGCUCGUCCGAGGUACUAGAAUACACCAUUAAAGAAGAAAAAUCGAUAUUGUACCUGGAAGGCUCGGUUCUUGUGUUUGAGGACAUCUUCAGACUGAUCGCAUUCUACUGUGUCAGUAGAGAUUUACUGCCCUUCACGCUGAGGCUGCCGCAGGCCAUCCUCGAGGCCAGCAGCUUCACAGACCUCAAGACCAUCUCCAACCUGGGCCUGGGUUUCUGGGAAUCCUCUCUGAACCCCCGGCGAGCCAGUGGCAGCCCAGCAGAACCCCCAAGAGGCCCAGCCUCAGGGGCACCCCCAGCCUCCAGCCUCAGGUCUGCGUCCCAUUCCAAAAACUGCUCCUGUGAAAUUGAACUCUCCGCAGGAAAUGACCGCUUGUGGUUUGUGAAUCCCAUCUUCAUCGAGGACUGUGGCAGGGCCCUGCCUGCCAACCUGCCAUCCCUUAGAAGCUACCCCUCUGGCCCGUUGCCUCCCACCUCUGACUCUACCUCACCCACCUCCAGGUGGGCUCCUCGCCGCCCAGCACCCCCUCCCCCAGGAUCCCCUCUCCAUCCCCUCAGUCCCACCCGGCCUCCUCCACUCCCUGCUCCAGCUCCGGUCCGUCCUUUGCCCAGUUCUCCCCCAGUGGCUUCUCCCCCACCUCCAGAUGCCCUUCCUCCUGCAUCCCCAGCAUCUGACCCCCACCUGGCACCCCAUACCCUAGACCCCCCAGACCAUCCAAGCCAGCUACCCAUGACAGCCUGUGAGAGGCUCCCAUGCCCCCCUGCAGGCCUGGGUCCCCUCAGGGAGGAAGAGAUGAAGCCAGGGGCAGCCCCUAGCCCCUUGCAGCAGGCCCCCGCCCCUCCAGGGCCUGUGAAGAAGGCUGUCCCUGCUGCUCCUCCCAGACGCCGAGUCUCCGAGAAACUCUCCCUGGAGGACCAGAGUCCUGAGAAGGCAGACAGGGGCACAUCGGCGCAGUGGGACCAGCCAGCUCUUUCCAGGCCACCCCCACUCAGCCUGCCUCCCCAGGGGACCUCAGACAGUCCUGGGGACAGUCCUCAGAGGACCGCAGAGCAAGGACAGGAAGUAGUGGCCAAAGCCAGAGAUCCAGGCAGUCUGCCAGAGUUGCCAAGGAAGAUGCGGCAACCCCCAGUCCCGCCUCCUAGGAAGAAACGGAUCUCCCGGCAACUGGCCUCGGCCCUCCCAAGCCCCUUGGAGAGCGCCGAGCUCUCCGCGGAGACCGUGGCCCAUGAGAAACCCAGCCCCGGCCCACCCAGGGAAGGCCAGAGCCCUGCCUGCCACGCCGAGACGCAGAGCCCACAGGCCCAGGCCGGCGCCCAGCCCCAGAGCACUACGGAGUUCAAAGGCUCCCUGGCCUCCCUCUCGGACAGUGUGGGAGUGCCCACCUCGGCCACAGACCAGGACUCCUACUCGACCAGCAGCACGGAGGAGGAGCUGGAGCAGUUCAGCAGCCCCAGCGUGAAGAAGAAGCCCUCCAUGAUCCUGGGCAAGGCGCGGCACCGCCUGAGCCUCGUGAGCUUCACCAGCGUCUUCCAGGCCUUCCUCUCCAACGACCGCAAGCUGUACAAGAAGGUGGUGGAGCUGGCCCAGGACAAGUCCUCGUAUUUCGGCAACCUGGUGCAGGACUACAAGGUGUACAGCCUGGAGAUGAUGGCCCGCCAGGCCUCCAGCACCGAGAUGCUGCAGGAGAUCCGCACCAUGAUGACCCAACUCAAGAGCUACCUGCUGCAGAGCACCGAGCUCAAGGCGCUGGUGGACCCCACCCUGCAUUCCGAGGAGGAGCUGGAAGCGAUAGUGGAGUCCGCCCUGUACAAGUGUGUCCUGAAGCCCCUGAAAGAAGCCAUCGACUCGUGCCUGCGUGAGAUCCACAGCAAGGAUGGCUCACUGCAGCAGCUCAAGGAGAACCAGCUGGUGAUCCUGGCCACCACCACCACCGACCUGGGGGUGACCACCAGUGUGCCCGAGGUGCCCGUCAUGGAGAAGAUCCUGCAGAAGUUCACCAGCAUGCACAAGGCCUACUCGCCCGAGAAGAAGAUAGCCAUCCUGCUCAAGACCUGCAAGCUCAUCUACGACUCUAUGGCCCUCGGCAACCCAGGGAAGCCCUACGGAGCGGAUGACUUCCUGCCCGUGCUCAUGUAUGUGCUGGCCCGCAGCAACCUCACGGAGAUGCUCCUCAACGUGGAGUACAUGAUGGAGCUCAUGGACCCCGCCCUGCAGCUGGGGGAGGGUUCCUACUAUCUGACCACCACCUACGGGGCCCUGGAGCACAUCAAGAACUACGACAAGAUCACGGUGACGCGGCAGCUGAGCGUGGAGGUGCAGGACUCCAUCCACCGCUGGGAGCGCCGGCGCACGCUCAACAAGGCCCGGGCCUCGCGCUCCUCCGUGCAGGACUUCAUCUGCGUGUCGUACCUAGAGCCCGAGCAGCAGUCACGGACACUGGCGUCGCGGGCAGAUACGCUGGCCACGGCGCUGUGCGCACAGUGUGCAGAGAAGUUCGAGGUGGAGCAGCCCCAGGACCACCGGCUCUUCGUGCUGGUCGACGGGCGCUGCUUCCAGCUAGCAGAUGAGGCGCUCCCGCACCACAUCAAGGGCUACCUGCUGCGGUGCGAGCCCAAGCGCGACUUCCACUUCGUGUACCGGCCCCUGGACGGCGGGGGCAGUGGGGACCCGCCCUGCCUCGUGGUGCGGGAGCCCAACUUCCUGUGAGGCCAGGGCCACUGCAGCCCCCUCGAUGGCAGUGUUUACCAGGACAGGCUGGGCGGAGAAGCGGGUGGACUGGGGUCACACUUGCUCACCCCCACGCUCACACUCAGCUGCACCCCCUCCUACAUGCAGGAGCCCCACAUCUGACCACACACACACCCAACAUGGAUGCCCAUAUGUCAUACAUGCUUGCAACCCACUAAGCAGGCCAAGGCCAGUGUGGCAAGACAGUUGUGAAAAUGACAAGAAGCAGUGGCCACAGUGCUUCCUGGAGAAGAGGCAUAGCACUGAGAGGCCAGUUUGCUUAUAAGACAGAAAGAGAAACUGAGGUUCAGAGAGGGAAGGGACUCUCCAGCCAGCUGCAGCAAGAAGAACUCAAGACUGGUCCCUGUUCACACACAGCCUCUGCCUUCCACCGCAGUCCACCCAAUCUGGAGUAUCUCCCCUGCACCCCAGGGUGGCACUGGGAUGUGUUGGCCACCCAGGAUCUCAGGAGUAUAUCUCAGGGCGUGUGUUGAAGAGAGAGGCCCCGAUCCCUGGACCAGAGCCUGCCCUCAGCUACCAGCACCCCCAGUCUCUCCCGCAGCUUUUGAGCGCCUCCAGAAGCAGCCAGACAUGCUCCGUGACACCAUGAGGCCAGCUCCACGGCUCCAUGGACGAGCCCAGCCUCUGCCACACAGGAACACUGACAGGGCCCUUCCCCUGGUGGACACCAGGGCUGUGGCAAUUGUGGCAGGAGGCACCAUGUGGGGAGAGUUUAAUAAAAACCCUUUUGAAAA